AUGAACACUGCAGUGAUCACCUGUGGCGUCCUUCUCCUGCUCUUUAACCCAGCGGCGCCCAUGUGCAUGCCCACUGAUUUCACUUUGUACGUGGAGAAGCCAGAGUGUGACUACUGUGUGGCCAUCAACACCACUAUCUGCAUGGGAUUCUGCUACUCCAGGGACAGUAACAUGCGGGAUAUAUUUGGGUCGCGCUUUCUCAUUCAGAGAGGCUGUACCUACGAAAGGGUGGAGUACCGCACGAUCCAGCUGCCCGGAUGUCCCAUCUCCGCCACCGCCGCCUUCACCUACCCAGUGGCCCUCAGCUGCCACUGCGGCGCUUGCCGCACCGACAACGACGAGUGCGCCCACAGGGCUGGUGUGGGCAGGGCUAAAUGCUCCAAACCGGUCAGACACAUGUACCCUGGCAGCUACGUGCUCCCUUUUUGA